GUGGUUCACACCUGUAAUCCCAGCAGUUUGGGAGGCUGAGGUGGGUGGAUCACUUGAGCUCAGGAGUUCAACAUCAGCCUGGCCAACGUGGCAAAACCCCGUCUCUACUAAAAAUAAAAAAAAAUUGGGUGUGGUGGCAGGCACCUGUAGUCCCAGCUACCUGGGGGGCUGAGGUGGGAAGAUCACUUGAGCCCAGGAGGUCAAGGCUGCAGUGAGCUGAGAUCACACACCACUACACUCCAGUCUGGGUGACAAAGUAAGACCCUGUCUCAACCCCCAAAAACCAACAAUGCCCAGACAAUCAAAAAAGUAAUUAUCUGGGUAAUUUAGACACUUAUUUAUCAGCUGGGGCCCAGGUCAUUCUGAUUUCCUGAGUGCUCUUCAAAGGAAUCCAGAAAUGAAAAUAUCAAUUAGCAACAUUAACAAUAAAGCCCAUCUCCUGUGGCAACAAGCUUGCUGAGGAACCUGUUUAUGUUUGUCCUUGGCUGGGGACUCAAGAAGUGAAUGUGGAGAAGUGAUCUAGCCCAAGGAGUGAAGCUCCAGUUGCAGAGAGGUUCUGGUCUUUCAUCUCUUGCUACCAUUUGGAUCUAAAAACAACAGUUGGUGGUAGUUGGUAGUUGAUGAGAAAGGUGGUAGUUGAUGAGAAAGUGUAGUCUAUAAAAGUCCACCUUUUUGUAUCUCUCUCCUCACCCUCCUUUCCCAAGGUGUUACCCUAUACCUUGCCCCCAUUGCCUAGAUUUUCAUUUGUCACUUAGAAUACUUCUAUGGAAAGGGUAGAUAAAGAAGACAGCUGGUGAAGAUGGAAGAGAAUGGAUGGACCUCAUUCUGUAAGACCUGGCUUGGGGUGGGGUGUGGGUGGAGGUAGUGGGGUUGACAGAAUCUUAAUUAGAGCCAGGAGGAAUCUCUAAUUCUUCACAGAUCAUUCUGAGGUCAAGAAGUGACAUGACUGGGGUGAAAUAGUACAAUUAGUGUCAGUUUUGGGGUUUUAUAUUAUUUUCUUUCCAGACCCCAGGUGCAUAUACAGUGAAGACUCUAAAUGUCGACUAUGUGAAAGGGCUCAGGGAAGGCCAAAUAUCUAUGGAAAAAGGCUGGGUUGGGACCUCCAACCCCACACUGUAGCCUAACUGUAGGGGAAGCCAUGCUGUGGCCGUGACAACUGAAGACAUCCCGUCCCAAACUCUGGAAAGGAUGAGGGAGGGGGACAAUGCUUGCCCAGGCCUCCGUGGGGAGGAGGGCUGAGCGGUAGGCGGUGGGGUGGGUGGAACCCAGCGUCCAGCUAGGCGGAGGGGCGGAGCUUCAGGUCUCCAUGGAGGCGGCUUCUCCUAGCAACUCGACGGGCGUUGAGCAGAGCCGCUGGCCUGAUGGACGCCGACAGCCUCCUGCUGUCUCUGGAGCUGGCGUCCGGCAGUGGGCAGGGCCUCAGCCCGGACCGUCGGGCCUCGCUGCUCACGUCUCUUAUGCUGGUUAAGCGCGACUACCGCUAUGAUCGGGUUCUCUUCUGGGGCCGCAUCCUUGGCCUCGUCGCCGAUUACUACAUCGCGCAGGGCCUGAGUGAGGACCAGCUCGCACCACGCAAGACGCUCUAUAGCCUGAACUGCACAGAGUGGAGCCUCUUGCCCCCUGCUACAGAGGAGAUGGUGGCGCAGUCGUCUGUGGUGAAGGGCCGCUUCAUGGGGGACCCAUCAUACGAAUAUGAACACACUGAGCUGCAGAAGGUGAAUGAAGGUGAAAAGGUCUUUGAAGAAGAAGUAGUGGUCCAGAUCAAGGAAGAGACCCGCUUGGUGUCUGUCAUUGACCAGAUUGACAAGGCUGUGGCCAUCAUCCCCCGAGGCGCCCUCUUCAAGACCCCUUUUGGACCCACCCAUGUCAAUCGGACCUUUGAAGGACUGUCCUUGUCUGAGGCCAAGAAGCUCAGCUCCUACUUCCAUUUCAGGGAGCCUGUUGAGCUAAAGAAUAAGACCUUGCUUGAGAAGGCUGACCUGGACCCCUCCCUGGAUUUCAUGGACUCCUUGGAGCAUGACAUUCCCAAAGAUGGAGUCUCGCUCUUGUAACCCAGCCUGGAGUGCAAUGGCGUGAUCUCGGCUCACUGCAACUUCCACCUUCUGGGUUCAAGCAAUUAUCCUGCCUCAGCUUACUGAAUAGCUGGGAUUACAAGCACCCGCCACCAUGCCCGGCUUUUUUUUUUUUUUUUUUGAGAUGGAGUCUCGCUCUGCCACCCAGGCUGGAGUACAGUGGCGCGAUCUCGGCUCACUGCAAGCUCCGCCUCCUGGGUUCACACCAUUCUCCUGCCUCAGCCUCCUGAGUAGCUGGGAUUACAGGUGCCUGCCACCAUGCCUGGCUAAUUUUAAAAAUAUUUUUAGUAGAGAUAGGGUUUCACCAAGUUGUCCAGGCUGCUCUUGAAAUCAUGACCUCAGGUGAUCUGCCCACCUUGGCUUCCCAAAAUGUUGGAUUACAGGCAUGAGCCACCGUGCCCAGCCUGGCCUCUUUUUUUUUUUUUUUUUUUUUUUUUUUGAGAUAGAGUCUUGCUCUUUUGCCCAGGCUGGAGUGCAGUGGUGUGAUCUCAGCUCACUGCAACCCCCACCUCCAGGGUUCAAGUGAUUUUCCUGCCUCAGCCUCCUAAGUAGCUGGAUUACAGGCAUGUGCCACGAUGCCUGGCUAUUUUUUAUAUUUUCAGUAGAGAUGAGUUCACCAUGUUGGCCAGGCUGGUCUUGAACUCCUGACCUCAAGUGAUCUGCCCACCUCAGCCUCCCAAAAUGUUGCGAUUACAGGUGUGAGAACUGUGCUUGGCCCUCCACCGAAGUCUUGAACCUGUCAAUAUCAUCCAUGAGGGUUGGAAUCAACUUCUCCCAAACUCCUGUUAAUGUUGACAUUUUGACCUCCUCCCAUGAGUCAUGCAUACUUAUUUAUUUAUUUAUUUAUUUUUUGAGACAGAGUCUCACUCUGUCACACAGGCUGGAGUACAGUGGCAUGAUCUCAGCUCACUGCAACCUCCACCUCCCAGGUUCAAGCGAUUCUUCUGACUCAGCCUCCCGAGUAGCUGGGACUACAGGUGCCCAUCACCACGCCCAGCUAAUUUUUUGUACUUUUAGUAGAGACGGGGUUUUACCGUGUUAGCCAGGGUGGUCUCAAUCUCCUGACCUGGUGAUCCGCCCGUCUUGGCCUCCCAAAGUGCUGGGAUUAUAGGUGUGAACCACCGUGCCUGGCCGAGUCAUGAAUAUUCUUAAUGUCAUCUAAAAUGAUGAAUGUUUUCCAAAAUGUUUUAAAUUUACUUUGCCCAGAUCCAUCAGGGGAAUCAUUAUCUAUGGCAGUUAUAGCUUUAUGAAAUGUCUUUUAAAAAUAAGACUUGAAAAGUGAAGUCACACCUUGAUUCAUGGCUGCAGGAUGGACGUUGUGUUAGCAGGCAGGAAAACAACAUUAAUCUCGUUGUACAUCUCCAUCAGAGCUCUUGUACAUCUCCAUCAGAGCACAACAUUAAUCUCGUUGUACAUCUCCAUCAGGUGCAUUGUCAAUGAGCAGUAGUGAUUUGAAAGCCAUCCUUUUCUCUGAGCAGUAGGUCUCAAAAGUGGGCUUAAAGUAUUCAGUAAACCAUGCUGUAAACAGACAUGCUGUCAUCCAGGGUUUGUUGUUCCAUCUAUAGAGCA